AGGGGUGUGGUUACCCAGGAGGUGUGGCAGGCAUCACCAAACUUAUUUAUAAGCAAAGGCAGCUCUGCUGGGGAAGAAACCUUGCUUAGGUUUUGUCAGCUGCCGCUUUUUCCCUGAUACUCCUUGAAGGGCACCUCUACUGUGAUGGGGAGGCAAAAGGAUGUUCUUGCUACUAUUGAGAAGCACCUGAGGAUCAGAAACAAAUUAGUGCGGCAAGCACUGGCCGAGUGUCUGGGGACGCUGAUCCUGGUGCUGUUUGGCUGUGGCUCCCUUGCGCAGAUCGUGCUCAGCAGAGGUACUCAUGGAGGUUUCCUGACUGUCAACCUGGCCUUCGGCUUUGCUGUAAUGCUCGGCAUUUUGAUCUCAGGACAGAUAUCAGGUGGACACCUGAACCCAGCUGUCACUUUUGCCAUGUGCUUCUUGGCCCGGGAGCCCUGGAUCAAGCUACCAAUUUAUGCCCUAGCACAAACCCUGGGGGCUUUCCUUGGAGCUGGCAUAGUCUUUGGGCUGUACUAUGAUGCCAUCUGGGCUUUUGGCAGUAACCAGCUCUAUGUAACAGGACAGAAUGGCACUGCUGGUAUCUUUGCCACCUACCCAUCUCAGCAUCUGAACACUGUGAAUGGAUUCUUUGACCAGUUCAUUGGCACUGCCUCCCUGAUUGUUUGUGUCUUGGCUAUUGUCGAUCCCUACAACAACCCUGUCCCAACAGGGCUGGAGGCUUUCACAGUGGGCUUUGUUGUCCUUGUUAUUGGAACCUCCAUGGGCUUCAACUCUGGCUAUGCUGUCAACCCUGCCAGAGACUUUGGGCCUCGUCUCUUCACAGCCAUUGCUGGCUGGGGCACUGAAGUGUUCUGGACUGGUAAGCAGUGGUGGUGGGUUCCAGUCGUUGCUCCUUUCCUUGGGGCUGUUGCGGGAGUGAUGGUCUAUCAGCUCAUGAUUGGAUGUCAUGAUGAGCCUUCUCCACCUGCCUCUGAGCAGGAAACUGUCAAGCUGGCUAACGUGAAGCACAAGGAAAGGGUCUGAGGAAGCUGCCACCCAGAUCUGGCAGACACUCAUUACUCAGGACUGCAGUUGGCAAAGAGGAGGAAGGAGUUAAGAAGAGCUUCAAGAACAACAGGAAGAGUUUUUUUUCCUGUCUUGAGAUAUUCUAGCUUUUUUUUUUUUUUUUUUCUUGUGUGUGUGUAUCCCUGAUGCAUUUGCUUUAGGCAUUUUCCUGUGAGCCUUUCCCCAAAUGCACUAUCAUGUAAUCUUUCCCUAGUAGAAGGGUGUGGAGGACUGUAGGAGUCAGGAGAGAAGGGGGCAUUGCUGUCCAACACCUCCAACAUGGGCUGGGUGUUCAGGAAUCUGGAGCUCUUUUGGGCUGUGUUGCUAGCCUUGCCUGUGAGGUUGGCAAACUGCUUCCCUCCGAACCUGUGUCCCAAUCCGUAGAGUGGGGAUCAUGCAAAACUUAAAUUGUUUUGCUAACAUGGAUUGGGAGCUCCUACAUCCCAGAAAAAAUUUGCCUGUGAUUUUACUGUGGAUCAAAUUCAUGCUUGGUGUUGCUCUUAAGUCAGUAACUUGGCACCAGGAAUGAACUUGUCUAAAGGAUUUUUAUUGGCCAAACUUUUUAUAUCUCCCAUGAGUUCCUAGAACAUCAUAUCAAUCAGGUGAUCCAUAAUGUCACAGCAGAGAGUGAGAAUGCACUGGAUUUUAAUUUAAUAUUAUGGCAAAGUGUUUACAAACCACUACGUCCUGGUGUUUUAAUCAUUAGAUUAUUCUAAUCUAAUAAAUAAUUUUAAUAUUGCCAACUCCUAGAAGAUAACACAUAGAAAAUCCGUGUUUUAGGCAGGGGCUAACCUGGAAAGCAACUUUGCUCCCUGUAGCAACCCUUCUAAUUAAUCAGCUUUGUAUAUAAACUGCAAGCAGCUAAUCGCCAAGUUCCACUGCAAACACCAUUGAGUGUUGCUAAAGUUGUGUGUGUUCAUGUAAAUUUCACAAUAGUGUGUUUUUUUUUAAAAAAAUAGAUUUAUAUAUAAAUAUACUCCUUAAAGCUGUUACUAAAUACCAGGGUUGGGAUGAGUUCAUUUAAAGAUGUGUGGGAACUGCCUGUUCUCUGACAGCUUUGAGAUACUGUUGGAUUUUCCCAAGGUGGCCUUAGAUAAUGGCAUUGUGUUGUUGGAACAUCUUUUCUACCUUGCAGAAUUACUGGGGUAUCCCUGGUACUCACAGCUGAGGGACUGAGAUCAGGCACCUCCUGUAGUAGCAGUGCUCGCAUCUUAGGGGAUCUCUGGCUCUCCCAAUGCUUUAUUAUUACAGUGUGUUUGAAACAAGUAGUAUCGGUUGUGAAAGGAUUUGUAAGUUCCAUGCAUUAGAGAAACUCUUUCAAAGCCUGUUUCUUUAAGGUGUGAAUUCCUUGAAACAUGUAACUUUGUAUACAUUUCCAGUCACUAGAAUGAUAUAUUCUUUUUUUUCCUUUUUAAAAAAUAAAAUGUUGAUACCCACACUGUAAAAUGCUACUGUUGGUUGUAUUUUUAAGCAGCUGUCAGUAAACUUUACCAUGGAAAGGAAGUCAUCUAUAGCAAUAGCUUCCUCAAGCCCUUUUCCUCUUCAGCCUGUAGGAGCAAAAGGGAAUUAACCCUUUCAGGGAAUACAUCUACAUGCUCCAUUUGUGUUUUAUUCCUUUCCCUUUUGGAAUGGGCUUUUGGGACAGGUGGGAGGAGAUUAGGAGCCUGUACUUAGUACAAAGGCCAAGGUAUGCACUGGGAGGUGGUGUGGUCCUGCUGUCAGGCAUCUUAUUCUUAAGGCAAAAGAACAAAGAGGUCAGCAUUUGUCCCUUGCCCUUUGUACCAUUUAAAUUCUCUUACUAUUCUUUCAGUUAACAUAGUUCUUCUGAGUAUGCAAUCCUACUCUGCAUUCACUGUACUGUCCAGCAUCACCUGGCAUAUUUCACUUGUCACUUUUUAUUAGCUAUGCCAUGCAAGGAAAAGUAUUACAGACCUGAACCCAAUGCUCACAGAAUUACACAAACAGCUUUCUUCCAGCUUGUGUCCUCUGUAAAUGCAAUUAUUGUUGCUCUUUGGCUGAUUUGUGUACUGCUGUAUUUUUCCUGUAUUAAUUGUAGUGCCUUAAAAUAACUCAUAACUUCCCAUAUGGUGCCAUACUGAACAAUUCAGUGAAGUCUGGAUGAAUGUGGUUUCCUGCAAUUCACCAACUAGAAAUCAAAUAGUUUUUGGCAAGAAAAUUGCCACGUUUGUUUGGUAUGCUCUAUCUGUGGUCAGCAUGCUGCUUUAUUCCAUUUCUAUCUUGAGAGUUUAUCCCUCAAAAUCUCUGUAGAAGUCUGGCAUAUUACUGUGAUAUGGCUGCAGGGGUCAAUUCCCAUUUCCUUUCAGGACUGUUAGUCAUUUUUCUACUCUUCCACCACAUUGUUUCUUCAACUGACUUGAUCAAUAUAUUAAAAUUCUAACUAGAGACCUUA